AUGGAGAGCAGGACAGACUUAGUGAAUUACUACUACAACAUCAGCAACUCAAACGUCAGCAUCGAAACAGAGGAAGUGGAUGACAAAUGGAGCAUCGAAUUCUCUGUCAUUCUGGCUACUAUCUUGUCCAUUUCCGCUUUCUUUACGAUUGUGGGCAACAGCAUGGUUUUAAUGGUUAUCAUCCGACACCGAGGAAUGAGAACUCGGACCAAUCUGUUUCUAGUGAAUUUAGCAGUGGCUGAUCUUUUGGUGGGUCUUUUUGUGGUGCCGUUUACAAUCACCACGCUGAUAGAGACCCGGUGGAUAUUUGGGACAAUCAUGUGUGUAAUCAACGGGUGGAUGAACAGCUUCUGCUUGAUAACAUCGUUCCAUACUUUAAUGUAUAUUAGCAUUCAUAAGUACUUUUCCAUCGUGCGGCCUCUGAGUAACCCUCUCAAACUGACUUAUAUCAUUGCAAUGAUGGUAGCCGCCUGGCUGUGGGCUGCGGUUUGUUCUACGUUGAACAUCACAGUUCUGGUUAUUGUACACAAGCCAGGGACGUCGCAAUGUGGACCGCGAUACCCAAGUAACAUUAGGAUGUUCAUAACACACGGGAUCCUGCAGCUGACGGUUAUUCUUCUGCCAGCAACGAUAGUAAUAUUUUGUUAUGUGAGGAUGUUCAUGGAGAUCAGGAAGCACUCUCAGCGACUCCGCACCAACUCCACAGUGGAGGAAGACUUCAUCCUGUCCCAGCAGAAAAAGGUGGCGCUCACGCUGUUUAUCGUCCUGGCAACAUUCGUGAUGAUGGGAAUGCCCUACUUCGCCUACGCCACAUACACUACCAUUAAGAAGGACAAGAAGCACUUCUCCACAUACAUCAAUCCUUUGGCGUACAUGUUCCUGUAUUUGAGCUCCAUGUGUAACCCAAUUAUUUACGCGUUUCGAUCUCCUGCCUUUAGGCAGGGAUACAAAGAAAUCCUUUGUCAUACGCCAAAUUACGUCAUCAGUGACG